GCCAGUUUCCAGUUGUCCACAACCCAAAGAGUCGUUGUCGCUGCGAGCUCAACAGCAACAGCAACAGCAGCAUCUGCAUCAACAACGGCAACAGCAUCCGUCCCUCUUUCUAGUGCCUGUACUAGUGUGGAGUGUUUGUAAUCCUCGGCCUCAGUCAGAGACAAAAGAGGCAAAGCAAAUACGAAUACAAAUAUGUCCUGUGACGAGAGAACAGCACUGUUGGCAACGCAAUUGCAGCGAGGACAACAGCAGCAUCACAUCAUUGUCGUGCCGUUAGGCAAGGAUCCAAAGGAUUAUGAACCCGUUUUCACAAAUGCUGAUCACUCGUAUGGCUUGACACUGGAGGAGCUGCUGCCCUUUGCAAAGGAUCCCUGGUGGCAGAAUGUGCGUCGUCUGUCCACUGCCUGCCUCUGGCUGACAUUUCUACUCACUCUGUUCGCUGCCAUUGCGAUGGCUUAUUUCCAUGACGAUGCCGCCGUUGUCUGUCGACCUAAUCGAGUAAUUACCACAACAUUGCCACCGCUGUCGCUUGCCUUGGCCAACAACAGCACAGCAACACUGCUGCUGUCCGGCUAAUAGCGUGCACUUAUCUCAGUGGAAGUGGAACUGGAACAUUUGAUUAUGGAUGCUGAAAUUGCACACUUCGGAUUACAUCAGCCAAACGAACAGCAGCAUGGGCUUAGUUUUCCGUGAGCUGUUUUCCCGGCCGGCACAGCUGUUGACUUAGCGAUAAGCCUUUCGCGGGGGGAAGAAACUAAACCGAAUGAUUGAUUUGUUUGGAUUACGAAUUUGUUGAUGUGUUUACGAUUUUCUAUUUAUUGUUAUUGUAUAGUAUUGUAAUUGUAGACUCUAAUAAUAAAUCAUAGGAAAUGCGAUUUAA